AGCGGCUCUGACGAGGGGGUGGCGGAGCGCGGCGCUGGCCGCUUUGCUGCUUGUCUACUUUUUGGAAGACUCAAUCUGUUUGUCAAGCAGGCUGAUCCUUCUCUGUUGCUUUACUGAUGCCGGUAGCAAAAACUAGUUGCCGGCUUCCAUACCCUUUGGGAUGUGUAAUUAAGCAUGCUGCUUCAUCACAAAAGAUGAACCUUAAGGCCUUUUCAGACACAGAGCACUCAAACCCAACUGCUGCAGUAGAGAGAGAUCUGUGCCACCAUGGCUAGAAGAGGGAUUUAACCCUUGCAGAAAGGAUUUAACCCUGCCAGGAAGUGGCAGUUGUCCUGCAUUGGGUCCUCCCAGGUAACUUCGAAUAGGUAUUGCCAAUGGAUGAACUGGUGCAUGACUUGGCCUCAGCUUUAGAGCAGACUUCAGAGCAAAACAAACUGGAUGAGCUAUGGGAAGAGAUGGCACUAAGCCCACGGCAGCAGCGGCGUCAGCUUCGCAAGAGACGGGGUCGUAAGCGACGCUCAGACUUCACACAUCAGGCAGAACAUGCCUGCUGCUACAGUGAGGCCUCAGAGUCGAGCUUGGACGAAGCUGUCAAGGAUUGCCGUGAGGUGCUGACAGCUAAUUUCAGUGACUCUGAUGACAUGGCUGUGGUCAAACGGCAUCCAGCUCUUAGUGCCACCCUAAGGAGCAAGCAACACUUGUGGCAUGAGUCAGACUCCUUUACAGAGAAUGCGCCCUGCCGGCCUCUCAGGCGCCGACGGAAAGUCAAACGUGUGACAUCAGAGGUGGCUGCCAGUCUCCAGCAAAAACUCAGGGUGUCAGAGUGGAACUAUGAGAGGGGCUGCAGGUUCAAGUCAGCCAAGAAACAGCGUCUUUCACGCUGGAAAGAGAAUGCCCCUUGGACAUCAUCCAGUCAUGGCCUUUGCGAGUCAGGAGAGAACAGGCCCUUCCUCAGCAACGGGGGAAGGAAGGAGCGGAUGGAGUGUGAAGCCGAUGAUCAGAAACAGGGUUCAGAUGAAAACAUGUCGGAAUGUGAAACCAGCAGUGUUUGCAGCAGCAGUGAUACUGGCCUCUUUACCAAUGAUGAAGGCCGCCAAGGAGAUGAUGAGCAAAGUGAUUGGUUUUAUGAAGGAGAGUGUGUUCCAGGAUUCACUGUCCCGAACCUUCUUCCCAAGUGGGGAGCGGAUCACCGAUCUGAAGUGGAGAGGAUUGACUCAGGCCUGGACAAGCUCUCUGUUUCCACCUUCCUUUUGCCCUCACAGCCAGCUCAGAGAGGAUUUCAUGCUCGCCUGAAUCGCCUUCCAGGAGCUGCUGCCCGUUGUCUGCGUAAAGGUCGGAGGAGGCUGGUUGGCAAGGAGACCUCCAUGAGCACUCUGGGCACCGAGAGGCUAGGUCACAUUGUUAGUGAUCCACGCCAGAAAGAUUUUUGGUUACCAUCCAUGGGGAAGAGAGAUCGCAACCAGUUCAAUCCAUUAUCUCCUCUCUACUCUCUGGAUGUGCUUGCUGAUGCUUCCCACCGAAGAUGCUCACCAGCACACUGCACUGCCAGGCAAGCAAAUGUCCACCUGGGACCACCAUGUUCAAGGGACAUCAAGAGGAAACGAAAGCCAGCUGCAGCCUCCAUGUCUAGCCCAACAUCAGCAACUUUAUCUGUCCACAUGGAUGCAGCAGAAUCAGAGCUACCAGCAGCACCAUCCUUGAGAUCCCAGAACUCUGAGUGGACUGGGAAAACACCAGCAGCUGAGAAAUCUACUAUUGCUGCCUCCAGUAACUUUUUUAAAAUGCCACCAGAGAAGAGCCCUGGAUACAGCUAGAAUGGAAGCACUGCAACUGUGAAGGCUUGCUCGACUUUGGAAGUGUUUGAUUCUGGUGUUUGUCUGCACCAAACAUCUUGUUUGGCAGUGUGGUAUCUUCAGUAUUGGUGCAUGAUGCGUGCCAUCAUCCAGGCUGGUCUGUGUGCCUCACACACCUAAAUCAUGUUUGUGAAUCUAUGUUUAAGAAAAGGUAAUCAGUGUUGGGACUGCAGUGGCUUGUAGAAAUUUUCCUGCUAUCACUGUAUUUAUUAUGAAUUCAUCUCUUUCCCUGAUUCCAGCUCAUAUGUAAUGGGUCAUGUACAGCUUUUCUUUUGGGUUUUCAGAUUCUUAUUCACCCUCUGGACAUGUUGCUUGUUUGUGUAUUUGGCAUUUUCAGUGUGAAAGUCCCACUGCCUGAGAGAUGGGAGUCUCCCUCUGCUUGCUUCCAGACGAGAAGGAUUUCUUGGCUGGGGAAUGAGGAGGGAACACUAACACAUUGAAACAUGGAACCUGAAUCCUGUAUUAGCAGAAUGUUUUCUGGCCAUGUGCUAACAGACUCAAAUCAUGUUGCUUCUGGCAAAGUAAAUAUGGUGCUUGUCUAUGUAGAAAUUGCCAUUAGCUCACUGGCAGCAUUGUCCAUUCAACCUUUUCCUUCUCCCUUGUUCUGAAUGUCUUCAGUCUUUAUUGCAUAUUGCAUGUUCAUUCCUAAACCUCCUACUGGAUAAGGAUUUGGGAGAACUACUUGGACUAAAUGUGCAAGCUGGUGUCCUGGAUAGAAACCCAGAGCCUUGAAUAUUGUUGCAGUAUGGUAGAAGAUUAUACAAAACAUCUGUAUCUCAGUAUAUAAAUUAAAAAAUGUCUGUUAGUGUUUCUAAA